AUGACUACCUGGGGACUCCUGUUUCUGCUCUGGCCCAUGGCCACAGCCACCCAGGCCUGCCCAACGCCCUGCACCUGCCAGGCCUUGGAAACCAUGGGGUUAAAGGUGAACUGCGAGGGGCGGGGCCUCACAGCCCUGCCUGUGCUGCCAGCUCACACUCGCCAACUCUUCCUGGCCAACAACAGCCUGCGUUCAGUGCCACCAGGUGCCUUCGACCACAUGCCUCAGCUGUGGAACCUCGAUGUGACACACAACCCCUGGCACUGUGACUGCAGCCUCACCUACCUGCGCCUCUGGCUGGAGGACCACAUGCCAGAGGCCCUGCUGCACGUCUACUGCGCCAGCCCUGACUUGGCCACCAAGCGUCCACUGGGCCAGCUGACAGGUUAUGAGCUGGGCAGCUGCGGCUGGAAGCUGCCACCAUCCUGGGCCUAUUCGGGGAUCUGGUGGGAUGUGGCACUGGUAGCUGUGGCCAUACUGGGCCUGGGCCUGCUGGCUGGCUUGCUGAGCACAUUCACAGAGCCUCUGAAUUGA